AUGCCGAAAAUGGAUAGGCGGGAAUUUCGACCGUCAAAUUCCCCAGGCAGCACUGUCGGCCUAACUGGCCUGACUUCUCAGGCCGUCACCCAGUCCGAGUCCAACGCCCUCGACCCAAAGGUCGGCGUGGGUGGAAUCUCCUCACCAUUUUCUGGCCUCAUCUCACCUCCCUGUCGCCAUCAUCUCUCUCCAUGCGAUUCGUGGCCCGACCGCCUCUUUACGUCUAUCGGUUUCCGAUUCUCGAUACAUCUCUACUCUCACACGGUCGCACGCGCCAACGAGAUCGACGACUCUACUAAGACCUCGAUAACCGGUCACCCCUUUUGCACCUCUCGACCAGAUUGUCUUAUCCAGUGA